UAGUUGGCUCUCGUUCUAACGAAAUCGUGACGAAGUGUUGCCAACAUGUAAUUUUAAGCAAGUGGUACCAAAUACACUAACCUCAUUCGUUAUUGCUAAGGCGACUAAGGCCUUCUAAUCACUGCUCUUUGUUUUCGUUACGUAUAUGCAUAUAAUAUAUAUUUUAAACUAAACAACUAAAAUGACAUAUGUUGCGUUUUCUGCUAAUGAACUUUAAAUAAUAACAUGUAACUAAUUGAUACGAAAUUGUUUUUUUAUUUGAAGUGUAAAAUCUAUUGCAAUCAUCGUUAACUACUUGUUGGUUAAGAACAGCUAAGUUGGCGUACACGUAUUGAAAUCAAGAAAAUAUUGUAUUAUUUGUUGAAUUAUGAUUAUAUGUACAUUGUAAACGUUAAUAUAAAUUGCUAAUUGGAAGCAACAGUAUGAAAGGAAUUUAAAUAAUACUAACGCAUCGUAAGCUAAUGAUAUUGAUACCUGUUAGGUUAUUUUUAUUAUAAAAGUAAUUCGUUAAAACGUACACCGAACUAUUGUUAAUACUGUUUUAAUUGUUAUAUUUAAAAUCAAUAAAAUCGGAUUUAGAAGAAAGUGAAUUUGCGUGUUUAAAUAUAGAAAUAUGUCAAUCGAUACAAAUUUGGUUCAAACGGAAUCUAUCAAUUUCGUUUGUCCGAUAUGCGACUGUCGGUACGAGAAUAAAAAGGAAUUUUAUGAUCAUUUAUAUAUUCAUGCUGGAGAUGUACUACUGAAGCAUAUACAAUGCUUAAAGAAAAAUGAAAACAAUGAAUCUCAGACAGAGCUAAAAUAUUCUAACCAAGAAAGAUUCCAUGAUAAUUUUCAUGAAAAUAUAGUAAGACCAUUCAAGUGUCAACAAUGCGAUUUCACGUUUGACAGAGCAUCUCAAUAUGAUUAUCAUUAUCGAAGUAUACACUUAGGUGAAAAGUCACAGCUCUGUGAAAUUUGUGGUAAAGGUUUCUUUCGAAAAGCAGACCUAAGGACACAUUUAAACAUUCAUUUAGGAACAAAUAUUUGUAUUUGCGAAGUUUGUGGAAGAAAGUUUAAUCAUAUAUCCAAUUUGAUUAGACACGGCAGAAUGCAUGCUGGAAUAAAACCAUAUCCAUGUUCCAUUUGUGGUAAACGUUUUACUCAAAUUAGUUCUCUCGCGAGACACAAACGUAUUCAUGAAAGGUCGAAAGAAGAUAUUAAACAUCAAGCACAAAACAUUAGUGAUAGUGUUAACAUAGAGAAAAAAGAUCAUGUAUUGAACAAAAACAGGUUUGUUGAAGGUAAUGCAUCUGUUCACCAAAAGGCAGUUAAGAGACAACAUUAUUGUAAAGUUUGUGGGGAGAGUUUCAAUUUUAUUUUUCUCUUAAGAGAACAUGAGAAAACUCAUUCGGAAAAUGCUAUCAAUUUGGAAUGCGAGAAUAACGAAAUGAGUUUUCAGAAAAUUACAGAACUUCAGGAACAGAAAAGUCACAUUAAUAAUUUUGAUUUCCUUGAAAAUGAAACAAAUGUAAAAAGAGUAUUGCCAUUGGAAACAAUCAUUUAUAUCACGUCGGAACAGUUGAAGAAAAUAAAUCUGGAGAACAUCGAGGACACUACAAAUCAUAUUUCGCAAGAGCAGUUACAUGAAACAAACGAAAAGGAUCAAACGACUGAAGAAUUAAAUAUCUCGGAGAAGUUAGUACUUCAUAAUGAGCAAACUCUAUGCGACGAUGGCAGUCCGAUUUUGUUAUAUAAAUCCAACGAUUGCGAUGCGAAAGAAAAUGUACUAUAUGUGUGUCAAGUAGAGGAACCUGUUCUUAAAAACAGACUGGGUACUAAAUUCGCAAAUAGUAAUGAACAUUUCACGUAUACACAAACAUAUGAAUCUGAAUUACAAAAAUCAGAGACACUUCAGAAUUAUAACACCCUGGCAAAUAUUUCUAUAAAUGUUACCGAUAUGUUUCAAAAAAUAGAUAUAUCGGAAUCCAAUAUUAACGAACAUAUUAAACCUGAUUUGAAUAUCCAAAAUCAUCAAGAUAUAAAUACGGUACAAAGUGAAAAAAUUUCUGAAAGUUCAAAUGAUGUAAAUAAUACUACAAAUCACGAUGAACCGAUGUUGCGUUUAGUACAAACGGAAACAGGGGAUCAAUUUUACGAAUUUCUUAUUAAUAAUUUAGUUGAAAAAUUACCAAAUAUACAGUCUGUGAAAUCUUCCGAGACUAAAGAUGAAAAUAUAAAUAUUCAAGAAAAUACAACAAAUAUGUGCUUAAACGUUAAAAAUUUAAACGAAGAAGUUCAACACGAACAAAAUAUGCGCGACGAUAUGCAUAGUGAUCUCCACUAUACACACUAUGAAUUACAAGGUGAAGAAAAGAAUUUUGUUACGAAUCAGAUUCUAUUGGAUCCACAAACUGAUUUUGAGAAAUACGUCGAUACAAAUUUUGAGGUUUUCGAGAGAUUACAUUACGAUGAUAGUUCGGAACAUUUUCUUGAAUUUGUUGAAAAUACAGGAGUUGGAAGUCAAAGUUCAAAAAUUUUAGAAUGUAAGGAGAACGAGCAACUUUUACCGUUUCAAGGCUUCAGUCAAAUUGAUUCUAUGCAAGAGAAUGAAAAGAAUGUUUCUAUUAGCGACAAUGAACAGGUUCUUUUAACUUCUCUUACCGAGGACACGCCGUGUGAAAUAAAUACGAAUAAUAACGAAAUUCUUGAAAAAGACGAAGAACAGGUGCAAAUCACCGACACUAUCGGAAGUACUACGAAGCUGGAGGAUCAACAAGAAGAAUCGAAAAAGUCUAAAGUAUUUUUACUAAAAUUUCAAUGCACAGUAUGUGAAAAAUCAUUUUCGACCAGUUAUAAUUACAAGCAACACAUAGGUACACAUUUUGCAGACCAACAAAAGUUUCAUUGUAGAGAAUGUAAAAUGUCCUUUGCUUGGAAAUCAACAUUAAAUAAACACAUUGCAAGUAAUCAUAGACCAGAAGGUCCGCAGAAAUAUGCAUGUGAUAUAUGUCAAAAAAUAUACAAUACGUCUUCGCAAGUAAACGAACAUGUAAAACGUGAUCAUUUGAAACAACGAAAUCAUGUUUGUUCUCAAUGCGGUAAAUCGUUUUUCAAGAAAUACGAUUUAAAAAUACACAAUAGAAUUCAUACGGAUGAACGACCAUACGUUUGCCGCGCUUGCGGAAAAAGGUUUCAUCAUCGAAGUCAUAUUAUUCGACACGAACGUAUACAUUUUUAGAAUAAUGCGAGCUUCUGUUGUUUCUUUAAAGCAGUGAUUUCCAAACUUUUUGAAAAGUCCCUCACUCCCGAGAAAAAAAUAAAAUAAAAUUUCUAUACCCGAUAUAAAAAACAGUUAUUUUCAGAACCCCUUCGAUUGCAUUUGUUUACAUUCCAAAUUUUCUAUCACGUUACUCUUAGAUCGUAAAGUGGCCUCAUUAGGGGUUAUCGUUAUGGAAAACACUGGUUUAACACACUUAGAAAAUACAUUAUGAAAUAUACAUAUUUAUAAACUAAAGUCGUUCUGCUAUGACAUUAAAUUAAUAGCGAUCGACAGUGACCUUCAAGUUGUGUUCUAUUUCUUUUUGUAUGUUGUUCCUUAGUAAAUUAUUAUUUUUUUAAUAAAAAGGA